ACCCACCCACUCUCGCUCGGCUUGCAGCUCCACCGGCUGCGCGCGAGAGAGUCGGAGAGAGACGCACGCGCGCGCGCGCGCACGGUGGGGGGUGUGCUGAGCUGAAGCUCAAUUCGCUUUGUCAAAAGUUUUGAGUUGGGGCUCGCUUACUUGACUUGCCGGCCCGGAGUCGCCGGUCACUAAGCGGCUGAGUGGCUCACUCGCUCACUCGCUCGCCGUCUUAGCGGUGGAGUGGCUCACUCACUCGCUGGCUCGGUGGAUCUCUCGCUGGCUGGCUUACUGACUGACUCAUCGGCUGCGUGGAGAAGCUGGCAGCGGGAAAGGGGCGAGCGCCGAAGGAGGCCCAUUGCGGGUCAUGGCUCUAGUGGCCUCUGGACUGCCUUCCAUCUCGAGUUUCGCGCUCUCGUGCGGACUACUGGACAGCAACUGCGCGGACAUUAUGAACACUUGGAGGGUGACUCCUCAACCCCGGAGGGACGACGAGGACCUGGGCAAGCUUCUGGACAUCGACUUCAUCCUCUCCAACAGCAUGCAGCACGCCGACUGCUCGAGUCCCACGCCCGCCGCCUUCACCGCGGGGUCACCGCCCCGCGCCGCCGGCUUCUGCGCUGCCGCCGCUACCUCCUCGAGCGACGCGCCGAUCGGGUGCGCACCGAACCACAUCACCGCUGUGGGUGCCUUGAUCACCUCCUCCGCCUCCUCCACAUCCUCCAUCGCCGCUGCGUCUGCGUCCUCCUCCUCCGCCAAUUACACGCUGCCGGAGACGCCUGAAAGUUGUACCAACGGCGGUGCCGCUGGUGGUGGUGGUGGUGGUGCUGGGGCCACAGGAUUUGAGAGUCGGGACUCUGUGUACGUGGCUGCGUGCGGGGUGGACGCGUUCCAGGCCAAGCCUUGCCCCAGCCUCGUGGAAGAGUUGCUCACCCCCGACCUCGACUUCUCUGGCAGUGGCUUUCUGGGCCACGGGGACGGCGCUCACUUCUCUCCCGACAAGACGCACGACUUGCAGUUGCAUCAGCAGCAGCAGCAGCAUCAUCAGCAGCAGCAGCAGCAGCCGCCCGCUGCGAAGGGAGGACACAUUUACGCGGGACCACACGUUGACCCGCAUCUCUCACAUCAUCAUCAUCAUCAGCUCCAGCAUCAGCAGCAUCAGCAACAGCAUCAUCAGCAUCAUCAUCAGCAGCAGCAGCAGAGCCAAAGGCUCAUCCCUCUCACUCACAUUCAGCAGCUGGGGCAGAACAUUAAGCGGGAGCACAAUCCAGCUGGGCCUGGAGGUGCCGACUCGCACGCGUGCUUCAUGGCUGACGAGUCUGCCGAGUCCAGUAAGGUUCAACAUCGGCUGCAUCAGCAGCAGCAGCAUCAUCAUCAGCAGCAGCAGCAGCAUCAGCAGCCCUCUAAGGGCGGACACAUUUACCCAUUGUCUCUUUCGGAGGAGCACCACUCUCACCUACAGCACCACGGACAGCAACAACAACAGCAGCAACAGCAGCAACAUCAGCAGCAGCACUUCCCGAUGCACCACCGCUUCCCAGGUGCAUUUGGACGCUUAUACAGUCACCAGCAGCAAGCGCAGCAUCAUCAUCAGCAGCAGCAGCAACUUCAGCAGCAGCAGCAUCCGCAGCAGCAGCAACAACAAGGGAUGCACUUCCAAGGGCAAUUCAACAUCUUGUACCAUCACGGACAUCAUCAGCAGCAGCAGCAUCAUCAUCAGCAUCAUCAUCAUCAGCAGCACCACCAGACGCUGGUCACACCACCCUCCUCCCCGUCCGUGCUGGACGCCGUGGCGAUGUUCGUCCCCCCGGGGGGGGCUCCGUGUUGCCCCCCCGCGCAGGCGGCCCCCCUGGCCCCCCAGACGGAGGGUAAAGUGGGGCCCGGCAAGAGAGGCCGCAGGUCAUGGGGCGCCCGGAAGCGCACGGCGACUCACACGUGCGAGUACCCCGGCUGCGGGAAGACCUACACCAAGAGCUCGCACCUCAAGGCUCACCUGAGGACGCACACGGGAGAGAAGCCCUACCAGUGCAACUGGGAGGGGUGCGGCUGGAAGUUCGCACGCUCCGAUGAACUCACGCGGCACUUCCGCAAGCACACGGGCCACCGGCCCUUCCAGUGCCACCUUUGCGAGAGGGCCUUCUCGCGCUCCGACCACCUGGCCCUCCACAUGAAGAGGCACAUGUGAGGCUCGGGUCUUCUCCUCCUCGUCAUCAGCAUCGUCAGCAUCUUUCCCUGUCACUCCCCCCCCCCCCCCCUUCACUUCACUUCGUCCGACCCAUUCUCAUCUUCCUCCUCCUCGACUCUUGCAAGGCGUCCACCUCCACCGCCCGUCUCACUCCCUCUCCCGUCUCUCGCCCUCCUCUCCUCCCCCCACCACCACCCACCUCUUCCCUUCAACCUCGAGCACGCUACCUCCAGAAAUUCUUACCUGAUCACCGGCCUCUCCACCCAUCCCUCGCCUCCUGUCCACCCUCUCGUCCUUCGCCUCUCCACCCCGACGCCGUCCGAACCACUCCUCUAUACCGCCUGGGUCUGCGACCUCUGUUGGCAGAGGUCUCGGAAGUCCAUCCUCUGGUCGCAGGAGGAGGUGGAGGAUUGAGGAAGGAGGAGGUGGUGAUGGAGCCAGGAUGAGGGUGAAAGUGUGUGGAGUAACACUCAGCCCUUCUGUUCACCUCUUUCCAAACGCUCUCCCACUUGACUCUGCCAAGAAGGGUGGACACGAAACCAGUAUAAGACACGCACUCACACACACAUCAUUACACAGCGUCACACCGAAGAUGUUUGGACAGUGGAAGAGUAGGCCAAAUACCAUUUACACCCCGUGGCUGCCUAGAGCUCCCGCUCGUGGCGUGAGCCAGCACUUGCAGGGGGCUGCUGUAGCUGUUUUUUGUUUGUACACGCAUAAAUAUAUGAAGAUUUAUCGGCUGUAUCUAUACACAGAUUUAUAGACUAUCUAUACGAAGACCGCAGGCUGUACGGGACUGCCCGUGAUGGGAGCGGACCCGAUGAAGAAGGGGUUUACAUGUUCUCUCGUCGCCUUCCGAUGGAGAAAACCCCCCAAAGUCGCACUACAAAAACUCACCGGGCUCAAAGCCAACGGCGCAAGUUUACAGAACAAAAGCUCCGAGAGUGAUGUUAUAACACAAAUGUACAUAUAGCAUGUUAAGAGUCGUGAUGAUGACGCAUCGUCUAUAGAUAUUUAUAUAUAAACAGCAUUAUAUAGAGUAUUAUCACUCGUAUUUUGUAUUCUCGCUGUGUGCCUAUUGUAAGAGCGAGGAGGAGGGGGGUGGGGAGUGUAGAGGCCCUGGCAGUCGCGAGUGUUGGCCAGUUGACUUGGCGAUAUUGCGGCCAGGAGAUGCGCGCUUAUCCGGGGCUGUGCUCCGGAAAAGUGCCAAGCCCCAACCGCCCCCCCCUCCUCUCUCCCUGCUGUCGUUGUUGUGAGGAGGGGGGAGGGGUGGUGCUCUAUAAGCUGUUCCAUGAGACGUGAAGCCCUUGGAUGAGAGAGGCGUCAUCUCAAGCACAAGAAGGGAGCGAGCGAGCGAUGGCGAGAUGUGGGCGGUGGUUGUUGGUGACGGUGGGGGGGGGGGGGGCAUCGAUUCAUGACCUCUUGAUCAGAAUUAAAAUCUUUUGUUUACGUGACCCGUAACGUAACCGCGUAAAAACCGGUUAAUACCGGUUUGCCACACGUACAGAAACGUCUGCCAGUCAUAGACAUCACCCGUCUACCUCUUGACCUGACCACUGGGCAGCUGAAUCCGCGGUGCCUCUGCCCGGCCCAGCAGGCUGUGGGGCGACCACGUGGUGUGUGGUGGAGGAGAGAGAGAAACGAAUAUUCGAUUGUCAAACCGGUUACCCGUAACCGUUCGGCCAACCCCAUGACGAUUCCAUUGUCACGAUUCGAUCAAUGUUAUCAUUACACUGGUCAACACACUUUUUCUGGCAUAAGACAUUCCAACGGUUUUUAAAUGUAAUUUUGGGGUGCUGAUUCCAAAUCUGGCCAUCAGUUUUUGUCUAUCACAUCAGGUUUUUGAGAUAUCAAAUAUUGCAUUUUCAAUAAAAACUGCAGAAGAAAAAUAUUAAAUGAAUGUGGAUAUCUACAUAAAAUGAUAUUAUAAACACACUAUCCUAAAAAUACAGCACCAUAUUUUAACACUAAAGCAGUCACUGACUCGCAACAACUUGCAAUCAUAAGUGACAGAAUUAAUUUCGGGUAUAAUCAAUGAAAAUUGGGUAUGCCGAUAGCAUAAAAAUUAGAUGUGAUAGAGCAAAUCUGAGAUCAGAUUUGGAAUCAGCACCCUGAAAUUAGUCUAGAACAGCUGCAAAAGUCCAGGCCAGAAUUUUUUUUUUUGACCAGUGUAAUUAUCGGUGUUUUGUGUCCUCUGCGUGGGUGGCUGUCAGCGGUCUCUCUCGUGGCCACAGAGAAGUGGCGUUCAAACCCAUUCCACGAUUGUGGAAGUCCGUGUCGCGUUUGUCUUUUGGAACUCGCCUUUCGAUUCCUCGACCCCCCCGAGUGUCGCGUGACCUCCAGCGAACCCGCACCGACCGGCGUGGUGAAGUAUAGUCAAGCCCCCCCCCCCCACACCUCGCAACGGAUGAGAGGGAGAGAACAAAUAUUUUUGGUAUUUCAAUAAUCGGAGAAGUCUUCGCCAGGACUGUCUCAAUAGAUCGACUACCGUGCCAUUAUUACUGCUGCCGAUGAUGAUGAAGAAGACAAUGAUGCUGCUGCUGAUGAUGAUGAUAAUCAUCAUGAUGAUGAUCAUCAGCAUCAUCAGCGAUGCUGUAUUCAAGCUGGGAGUCGUUAUGACUUCGGCAAUGACAAUCGAGAGCCAGCUGCUGCCUUGGUCGUGCGUGAACGUGCACGGCGAUCCAUUUAUAGAUACCCCAAACCUCCCAGAGGCCUUCAUCCAGCAGUGGAUUGACCACGGCUGAUGACAACGACGUGCUUUGACCGCCAGUAAUCUCAACACGCCCCUCUGCUCGGCGGGAGACAUCCGCUAUCAAGGGUGUCCACACGUGGCCAUUGAGAAGGAGGUCUUUCGAAAUUCGGUGGGGUGUCUGUAAGUGGAUCGCCCGUUGCCGGCAGCAAAUGGAUAACGUGCAAAACAAUACACGGCGGUCCAUUUACAGAUACCCCACCGUGGAUGAAUACAUUCCGAAUCAAAGCGUUCCGUUACCAGUCUCUUCCCCCCCCCCCCCAUCUCAAUCAGUUCACGCAUCUCAUAAAUGUUUAAUAGACAUCGGUAGGGUAUCUAUAAACGGAUCGCCCUAUAUAUGUUUUUUUGUAAAGGAUCCAAUUAUGAUCGUGAUGAUGACGGUGGUGGUGGUGAUUGCUAUGAUUGUGAUGUUAUUAUUGUUGUUGUUACAUACCAUGGGCCGGUCCCAGCAAACACUGUGUAUGGACACUGAUAGUUUACACUUAACACGUUACGAUAUGUGGCCUUGCUAUUAUCAUUAUUAUUAUUAUAUCUUUGCUAUACCUGGAUAUGAACAAUAAACAUCCUUGCUUAACGCCUGCA